AAUGUUAACCCCAUUUUCUCGCAAACUACUACUCAGAUCUCUCUGUAUCCCUAUCAGCUGCGCCUUCUCCUUUGACCAUAAACUCGAAGAUCCACCUACUUGUCUUGUCUCAUCUCUGAACUAAUUGAUAUAUAUAUAUAUUUGUUGAAAUGGCUGGAGGAGGAGUUAUCCACCAGCUCCUAAGGAGGAGACUUCAGUCUCACUCUGCUGGGUUACCCACUUUAUCCUUUUUUUCUUCUAAGAAAUUUCAUGAAGAUGCUGGAUCUGUGGGUAUGAAGUCCCUAAAGACAUUUGCACUCCUUGGCGCUGGUGUUUCAGGGUUUUUGAGUUUUGCAACAAUAGCAUCUGCUGAUGAAGCUGAACAUGGCUUGGCAUGUCCAAACUAUCCCUGGCCUCAUGAAGGCAUUCUUAGUUCAUAUGACCAUGCUUCGGUUCGGCGUGGUCACCAGGUUUACCAGCAAGUAUGUGCAUCCUGCCAUUCUAUGUCACUAAUAUCAUACCGUGAUUUGGUGGGAGUUGCAUAUACAGAAGAGGAAACAAAGGCAAUGGCAGCUGAGAUUGAGGUGGUUGAUGGACCUAAUGAUGAGGGUGAGAUGUUUACACGUCCUGGUAAACUCAGUGAUCGUUUUCCUCAGCCAUAUGCCAAUGAACAAGCUGCUAGGUUUGCAAAUGGAGGGGCAUAUCCGCCAGAUUUGAGUCUUAUUACCAAAGCUCGUCAUAAUGGUCAGAAUUAUGUGUUUGCUCUUUUAACUGGUUACCGUGAUCCUCCUGCUGGUGUUACGAUUAGAGAAGGAUUGCACUAUAAUCCUUACUUCCCGGGGGGAGCCAUUGCUAUGCCUAAAAUGCUUAUUGAUGGUGCCAUCGAGUAUGAAGAUGGUACCCCUGCAACUGAAUCUCAGAUGGGAAAAGAUGUUGUGUCAUUUUUAACAUGGGCAGCAGAACCAGAAAUGGAAGAGAGGAAGCUGAUGGGUUUUAAAUGGAUAUUUGUACUGUCAUUGGCAUUGCUUCAAGCUGCUUAUUACCGGCGCUUGAGGUGGUCAGUUCUCAAGUCCCGCAAGCUGGUCCUUGAUGUUGUCAACUAGCAUCCCUCCAGUUUCUGUUACUUUUUUGUUUCUGGGUGGACCUGAAUUGGAAAUAAUUGCUUUGUUAGAUAUGUCAAAUUGGUGGAUCAAUUAUUUUUGGCAAUGGAGUGACCUGAAGAAUUUUUUUCUUUUUUCCAAGUUGAGGAAGAAAUAAGCUACUCCGUAUACAUGAUAAACUAUUUUUUGUUAGAUUCCCAACGAGUGCUAUGCUUGUGGCUGAAUUACUGGUGUCACAACUCAUAAUUUGUUGCUUCAAUGGGAUUUGCAAAUGCAUUCAUUGAAACAAGUAGGGAAACAAUGGUCAUUGGUCAAUAAUGUAUUUUAUUUUGGAGAAAUGUCCUUUGACCACAUUCUGGCUGGUACUUUUUCUGCUGAUGAAAUCAGUGUUUGACUUUUAUAUUGUAACUGUCAGAAGUUAAUCACUUCAUGGAUGUUAUAGUUAAUCGGUCUGAGUUAUUCAAUCAUGCUCAAGAUGUAAGUACUAAGCUUCAGGAAGCUUUAACCAUGCCAAUUUGCAUUC